AUGUCAUCAAAGCUCAAUGCCAGGGCCGAGAACAAUGUCAUCACCCUAGAUCGAAACUCAAGCUUUGAUUAUGUCGCCGACGACAAUGAGGGAGAGUUGGUAUUUUCCACAACCCUACAUGUGGAGUCGGAAUGGCCGAUUCUCAGGUUGGAGGAUCUGGACACUGGCCUAGAUAGUGUCUCGUGCACAGCGUCCGAAAUACAGCUGCAGUUCAUUUCCAUCGCCGCUGAGGAGAAUUUCAGGUCAGGGGUUGAAGAGACGCCAGAGUUUGUCAUUGUCACUUCCCAUGAGGGUUGUGAUCUUGAGGGAGAACGGUCGGCGCAUCGAGUAACUAGCAUUAGCGCGAAUCCUGAGGGCAACACGAUAACCCUGAAGUCGGUCCCAAUCGACUGGCACGUGGCAUUCUCCGCGACUAAGGUGUCUUUCUCACACAUGCACUCUUCAGAAAUUCAAAAGCGCAAUCCAACGCCAGUCAAACGGCAGAAUGUACCAUCGCCUACGCCGUCCUUUCCUGUGGCUCCGUCGGAGGUUGAUGGCCUCAAUUCGACAGCACGUAAGACCUUUAAUGUUACCCACCCUGGCCUGCAGAUUUACCCGGUUGACAAUGCGCUUGCUAGUGAAGUUAUGCCACAGCUGCCCGUCGUUGUAAGAUGCAAGACAUGCACGCUCCAGGGUGACAUCCAGCUAUCCAAAGGGCAAUUUACCGCUGGGGAGAAGGACGAGGACGAUUCUGAGUUUGAUUUUGAGCUGGAUGAAGCGAUUGAGUUCUUCACCAAUAGCAGCAUUGAGCUUUUGGUCAAACAAAUGUUCUCGCAGAUUGAGCUCGAGCUCGAGCUUGCGUCUGAAGGCCCUCUCAUUGAGCUCAGUACCGCACUUCCUGCCAUUGGACUCACGCCUUUUCAGAUUGCAGGUGUCAUAACCUUCGGCCCUAUGAUUGUGCCGGAGAUCAUUAUAACGGCGGACCUCGAAGGAGACGUUGGAUUCUCCUACGGCUUCAAUGUCACCGUCCCGGACAAUUCGCGGGUGCUGAUCAGGAUUCCCAACUUCAAUGAAUCCGAGAUAACUGGCUUUGAGGACACGACAUUCGAAACGCUGCCCUUUGAGACAACAACGGAAGUAACGUCCAUGGCCCUGAGCAUUACAUUUCAGCCGCAGAUCCUUCUAGGCAUCAAUACUGGCAUCGGCUCUCGCAAAGUAAACAUUGAUGGAGGCAUAGGCGCAUUUGUUAGCCUGCCGACUUUGUCUUUGAACGUGUCUCGGGCCACAGGCGUCAAUGAAAACUGUGAGGCCGUGACUGUUACUGACGACGCUAUCGGCAACGCAACCCUUCUCAUCCCGUCCGUAGAACUAGAUGUGGGAGCCAUCGCCAGGUAUGAUGUAGAAAUUGUGUCUUGGACUGACUCCAGGGAAGUCGCAACUGUUCUAACAUCAACCGCGCGGAAGUUGCCCACGGCAUGCGUUGGGUUCGAACCGGAGAUAAAGGCAACCAGCAAGGCGGGAGAUUCAGCUGGAGACGCUACUGCAGGUGGUGGAAGCGAUGAUGGUGGAAACGGUGCAGCAAACCUCGGUGGAAACGAAAUAACCCUCGUCUGUGCCUUAGUCUUUUCAACAGUUGCUGUUGGCUUCUGCGGUUGGGCGCCGUCCGUCCUGGCAUCGCCGGACGCAACGUUGUCCCCCCUGCCAUGGUCCGGGCCUAUCAUGAGAAAGAUACGUAGCUUUCCUGACCUCGGUUAUGCUCUGAAAGCUAACUGCCUCAAACUGAUUGACCACUACUCAAACCCUCGCAAUGUCGGCUCUCUUAACCGCAAGUCCAUCGAUGUCGGCACCGGUCUCGUCGGCGCCCCGGCCUGUGGCGACGUCAUCCGCCUCGACAUCCAGGUGGAUGAGGCGACUGGAAAAAUCACCGAGACCCGAUUCAAGACCUUUGGCUGCGGAUCGGCCAUUGCUAGUUCAAGUUAUCUCACCACUCUGCUGAAGGGAAAGACCCUCGAGGAAGCUUCCAAGAUCUCAAACACCCAGAUUGCCUCUGAACUCUGCUUACCGCCAGUUAAAUUGCACUGCUCCCUCCUUGCGGAAGAUGCCGUUACCGCCGCCAUCAAGAACUACCGAUCGAAGCGAGUCACUCCGGCCACGGAUCUUUCUGGAACCGCCAAGGAGAUUCCCAAGGAGGCCAUGUCCGCGUAA